AUGUGCUUGAACACCGGCUACCCGUGCGACUGCCUGGCCGCCGGAAAACCCUGCGAGCCCUGCAGGGCGGCCAAAAGCGGGGACGGUCAGGGGCAACACGAUUCCCCGCACGGCGCGGCGGCGGAGAACCCGGGGGAGCUCGACCACUCUGACAAAAAACCCAAUAAGGAGAGAGACCGAAACUGGGGAUGGAUUCUGUCCGGGGUCAUCUUCAUCAACAUCUUGAUGCUGGGAAUCGCGCUAGUCAGCGGCAGCGCGUACGAGCACGUGGACAUCAGCAUGUCCGACCUGCAGGUUUUCCUGGUCGUCAUCCUCAUCCUCACUUGCAUCUGGAUGGUCUACUACAUCAUCUACACGGCCAGGAUGGAAAACGCCGUGGCGUACCGGGACCAACACGCCGGGCCCGUCUGGCUCAGAGGAGGAAUGGUGCUAUUCGGCCUCCUCAGUAUCAUCAUGGACAUCUUCAAGAUAGCCAGCUAUGUCGGCUACCUCCACUGCGACUCGGCCAUCAAAAUCGUUUUUCCCGUGGUCCAACUUGUUUUUAUUUUCAUUCAGACGUACUUCAUGUGGGUCCACGCGAAGGACUGCGUACAGCUCCAAAGGAACCUAACGCGAUGCGGCCUGAUGCUCUCCCUCUCCAUCAAUCUGGUUUUGUGGAUGGCUGCCGUGACGGACGAGUCCCUCCACCAAACGGGGCACCCCGAGCACGGCAACGGCUCUCACAAGUUUCACGGAUACGGACGGAGCGUCUACAUCAGUAAAGCGAGUUUUGGUGAGGACCAGUGCGAAUGCAGCCACACUUCCUGCGCCAUGUUCAAAGAGGCCUACUUCUACCUGUACCCCUUCAAUAUUGAGUACAGCCUCUUCGCUUCGGCCAUGGCUUACGUGAUGUGGAAAAACGUGGGCCGGCUGGGCGAGGCCCACGACCCGCACGGCCACGGCCACGCCCACAAGUUCCACCUGAAAGACGCGGUGGUGGGCCCCGUGGUGGGAGUCCUCCUAGUCUUCGCGGCCCUGGCCACUUUCAUCGUGUACGAGAUGGACAUGAAGGAGGAUAAGGAGGACGACCACAGCAAGCGGGACCAGGCGCUGCUCAUCCACUUCGUCAUCAACAUCGUCAUCAUCAGCCUCAUGCUGGUGGCCACUUUGGUGGGCGCCACCAUCUACAAGCUGGAUCGGCGGGAGCACGAUUCGGAGAAGAACCCCACUCGAAGCUUGGACGUGGGGCUACUGGUGGGAACCUCCAUGGGCCAGUUCAUCAUCAGCUACUUCACCAUUGUGGCCAUGGUGGCGUCGGGAGCCCAGGGCCACCUCAACAGGCUCAACCUGACCUGGGCCAUCAUGAUGGUGCUCCAGAUCGGGCUGCAGAACUUCUUCAUCGUGGAGGGGCUCCACCGGGAGCCUUUCCACGAGGAGGAGCACCACGAGGCCGUGACCUCGGUGACCAACGUCUACGCGGUAGAGCACUACAGUAAAGAGAGCAACGGUGACGAGAGAUCCGAUAUAAGCUUCAAGAACGACCUGGAGCCUCCGCCGCUGGCCGCGUUCAACCUCAUGACGCACUACCCGCACAAAUUGACCUGGAAGAGGCGGGUUCUCAAGGAGGUUUCCGUCUUCCUCAUGCUGGCCAACAUUAUUCUGUGGAUCAUGCCGGCAUUCGGCGCUCGCCCCCAGUUCGACCACCCGGCCGAAACGGAAUUCUACGACUUCAACAUCUGGGCCGCUAUCGUCAACGUGGGACUGCCUUUCGCUAUUUUUUAUCGCAUGCACUCGGUGGCCGCCCUCUUAGAAGUUUUUGUCAUCUCAUGA